AUGCACAUCAUGGGCUUCAAUGCGGCAUCCAUCAAGCCCCUGAAUGAGGAGGCAGCUGCCGAGCUGGGCGCAGAGCUGCUGGGUGAGGCCACCAUCUUCGUGGUUGCCUGCAGCUACCUUGUGAUGGAGUACCGGCGCCACCAGGCGCACCAGCAUCGCAAGGAGUGGGAGCGGCUCGCCUCCUGGGACACUAUGCGGGAUGAGGUGGACCACCUGGCGCUGGCGCUCAAGGCCCUGCAGGCGCAGGUGCAGGCGGCGCUGCCGCCGAGCGCCCUGGAGGAGCUGCACGCGCAGAUGCAGGAGUCCCUCUGGCCCUCCUUCAUGAAAAGACUUCUUCCAGUGGGACCACCUGCCCCUCAUCCCAGAGGUUCCCCACCCCAU